GCUAUAAAAUCCCUGUCAUUGAGAACUUGGGUGCCACUCUGGACCAGUUUGAUGCAAUUGAUUUCUCUGACAAUGAGAUCCGUAAGCUGGAUGGAUUCCCUCUGUUAAGAAGGCUGAAAACUCUCCUGAUGAAUAACAACAGGAUUUGUCGGAUUGGUGAAAACCUUGAACAGGCCCUGCCCAGCCUGACAGAGCUCAUUCUUACCAACAACAACAUUGCUGAAUUGGGUGAACUGGAUCCAUUAUCAACUAUCAAAACACUGACCUACCUGAGCAUUUUAAGGAAUCCUGUAACAAAUAAGAAGCAUUACAGAUUGUAUGUAAUCCACAAAGUUCCCCAGGUCAGAGUGCUGGAUUUUCAAAAAGUAAAACUCAAAGAGCGACAGGAGGCAGAGAAAAUGUUCAAGGGCAAACGGGGUGCACAGCUUGCAAAGGAUAUUGCCAGGAGAACAAAAACCUUCAACCCAGGUGCUGGGCUGCCAACUGACAAAAAGAAAGCUGGGCCCUCCCCAGGGGACGUCGAGGCAAUUAAGACUGCUAUAGCAAAUGCCACAACUUUGGCUGAAGUGGAGCGGCUGAAAGGCAUGCUGCAGGCUGGCCAGAUUCCUGGAAGAGAACGAAAAUCAGGCCCCUCGGAGGACGCCGAGGAAGAGAUGGAAGAGGACUCGGUUCCCAACGGCUCCUAG